AUGAAUAAGGAUAUAAUAAAAUGUAAAAAAAUAUAAAUAUAAUAUGUAGUGGGGGAGGAUCAUAUAAUUAAGAAGGGAAUUAGACCAAGAUAGGAUAAUGGAUAUAUUUAGAUUGAUCAUUUUCUUUAAACUACUAAAUCACCUACAGUGGCGAAUAUAAUAUGAAUGGCAAAAGGGUAGGUAGUUGGUAUAUUAAGUUGGAAGGAGAAUAAUUGUAAAUAUUAUAAAUUUAAGUGGAUAUCUAAAGUGGUGGUGGCUAUAUCACUAACAAGGAAAUUAAAUUAAGAUAGGGAAAUGGGUAAAAUUGGAUGAAAAAAAUUAUUUUUAAUUUUAUAAAGGCGAAUAUAAUAUUAAUGGUAGGAAGAUGGGAUAUUAUGUAUUUGGAAUAUAAUGAGAAGUAAUAUAAAUAAAUGUAAUAUUUUAUAAAUCUAAAGGGAAAUUUCAUUUAAUUAGCGGUGGGGGAUUGUAUGAUUAAGAAGAAAAUUAAAAAAAGAUUGGUAAGUGGGUGGUUUUAGAUGAAGAGUAUAUAAAUUGGAAGUCAGUAUCUUGUGCUGGUGAAUAUAAUAUGGAUGGGAUGAAGAUUGGUAGAUGGGAUAGUUUGAUUAAUUCAAAAUAAAUGUAAAAAUUAUAUAUGUAAGGAAAACUUUUUAAGUGGUGGUGGACAAUAUGAUUAAGGGGAAUAAUAAAAGAAGAUGGGGCAGAGGGUAGAACUAGAUGAAGGGUUUUCGGACCAAAAUAAAUUACAUAUAAUGGUGAAUAUAAUAUGGAUGGUUGGAAGGUAGGUAAAUGGGUUAUAAUGUAUUCGAAAUACAAUUAAAAGGAGUAUUAAUAAAUAUAAAAAUGAUAUGUGGAAAGAGAAUUUAUAAAUGGUGGC